AUGAGAUAAGGUUUUUCUGCCAUCAAAACUUCCUCAUCAAGAGACUGCAAUGGCUGAACAACCUACAAAACAAAAACUAUGGGGUGGUCGAUUCACCGGGAAAACGGAUCCUUUGAUGCAUGGGUUCAACCAAUCGUUGCAAUAUGAUCAAAGGAUGCAUGCGGCCGAUAUAAAAGGAUCUAUUGCCUACACCAAAGGACUGAGACGCGUCGGAAUCCUGACUCAGGACGAGGAAAUCAAAAUUAUUCAAGGAUUGCAAACAGUAGGCAAGGAAUGGGAAGACAAAGUUUUCAACAUCCAAGCAGACGAUGAAGACAUCCACACAGCCAACGAACGCAGACUGAGCGAAUUGAUUGGACCACUUGGUGGCAAGUUACACACAGGACGUUCCCGAAAUGAUCAGGUAGCGACCGAUAUGCGUUUGUGGUUGUUGGAAGAGAUCAAGGAAGUCCGCACCGGGAUAAUCGGUCUCAUACGCGUAUUGGUGGAGAGAGCCGAUAAAGAGAAGGACGCCCUGAUGCCUGGCUAUACCCAUCUACAGCGCGGACAACCCAUCCGAUGGUCACACCUACUCCUUUCUCAUGCCUUUUCGUUUCACUCCAAUCUUGAACGCCUGCAACAAUUGAUACCCAGGAUCUCCGUUUUGCCUCUUGGAUGUGGUGCUCUCGCAGGAAACCCAUUCGCGGUGGAUCGAGAAUUCCUGGCCAAAGAACUUGGCUUCCAAUCUGUGGCAGAGAACAGUCUCUGGGGUGUCGGGGAUCGAGACUUUAUCGUGGAGUUCUUGAUGUGGUCCAGCUUAGCUAUGACCCAUAUCAGUCGAAUGGCUGAAGAUCUCAUAAUCUACUCAACUGCCGAGUUCGGGUUUGUCAGUUUGAGUGAUGCAUACAGCACGGGAUCGAGUAUCAUGCCGCAAAAAAAGAACCCCGACUCUCUCGAGCUGCUCCGAGGGAAAUCUGGUCGUAUUUUCGGAAACAUGGCAGGUUUCUUUAUGACCUACAAAGGUUUGCCAUCUACGUAUAAUAAAGACCUUCAGGAGGACAAGGAGCCGCUAUUUGAUACCCUUACGAACACCUCUGUAUCAUUCAAAAUCGCUGAAGGGGUGAUUGCCACACUUGAGAUUCAUCCAGAGAAAAUGCGCCAGGCUCUCACAAUGGAUGUGCUCGCGACGGAUCUCGCAGAUUAUCUCGUUCGGAAAGGAGUUCCUUUCAGGGAGACACAUCACAUCUCUGGUCGCGCAGUUGCGUUGGCAGAGUCCCGAAAAUGCCAGCUCAAUGAGCUGACACUCCAAGAUUAUCAAGGUCUUAACCAGCUAUUUACCGAAGAUGUUCAUGAUGUCUUCGACUUCGAGGCAAGCGUCGAGAGACGGCAAGCGAUCGGAGGACCAAGUAGGGCCAUGGUUGACAGGCAGAUCGCUGUUCUCCGAAAAGCGUUGGCUGAGGUGGAGCAGCAACACUGAUUACCGACACUAACUCAUACCUAGUUUGCAUUGAACGAGCAAUGAUUCCA